AUGAUAACAUUGAAAGGAAAAUUAAAAAAAGACGGAGAAGUGUCAAAGUCGAAAGAUUUUAAUAAACGUAUUUCUGUCCGGGAUAAAUUGUUAGUAAAAGAGGUCCAAGAAAUGGAGCAAACUUUACCGAAUACCUGUCAAGUGACAUUUAAUGAUCCUAAUCGCCUCCAUGAAUUUAUUAUAACGAUCGUACCUGAUGAAGGAUACUGGAUGGGUGGUAAAUUUUAUUUCCAAGUUCAUAUACCCGAAGAAUAUAACAUGACGCCGCCAUUAGUCAAAUGUUUAACAAAACUCUGGCAUCCAAAUAUAAAUCUUGACGGGGAAGUUUGCUUGUCAAUUUUAAGACAAAGUAGCAUUGAUGGUAUGGGCUGGGCGCCAACCAGAAAACUCAAAGAUGUUGUGUGGGGCUUGAAUUCGUUAUUUACUGACCUCCUGAACUUUGAUGAUCCACUAAAUAAAGAUGCUGCAGAUUUAUUUUUAAAUGAUAAAGAAUCGUUUCGCAACAAAGCUCAUGAGUACGUCAUUCAGUAUGCCAAGAGAUGA